CUCGGGUCCCCUCUGUCUUGAGAGGCAGCUCACCCCCACAGUGGAUCUCGGGCUCCCACAGGAAACCGGGGAGGUUGGUAAAUGUGUGGCCAUGAGAGAUUUCCUCAUGUGUUGGAGUUUAUUUUACUCACGUUCAGUGUUUUUGCUCUUGAACCAGAAGCCCACUGUGAACUGUCAUCACAAAGAAGUAGCUAACACACAGUGGUGUCCUGUGUGGGGAAGUUCCAUCCCUGUAAAGUGGGCGGCAGAUCCAUGGCCUCAGUGUUCAGGGAGCUGGGUGCCCUCAGUGUCUAUGGGCAGCUCCUUCCAGCUCUGUCCCCUGGGAAGUGGGCUCUGUUCCAGCAUCCAGUUCUCACCUACCUGUUCUAUUUUUUUUUUUUUUUUUUGCGGUACGCGGGCCUCUCAUUGUCGUGGCCGCUCCUGUUGCGGAGCACAGGCUCCGCACGCGCAGGCCCAGUGGCCGUGGCUCACGGGCCCAGCCGCUCCGCGGCAUGUGGGAUCUUCCCAGACCGGGGCACGAACCCGUGUCCCCUGCAUCGGCAGGCGGACCCCCAAUCACUGCGCCACCAGGGAAGCCCUCACCUACGUGUUCUUAAUGAGUUCCCUACCACCCAGUGGGUAGGAAGAGCACAUUUGUCUUGAGCUGCUGUUUAAAGCCGUGUGUGUGUGAGUGUGUGUGUGUGUGAGUGAGUGUGUGUGAGUGGUGGUCUCUCUUUGGCUCAGCAGUGAAGCCACAGUGAAUCCUUCUUUAACAGAUUUCAGUGUCGUUUUGAACUAGACUUUGUCAUAGGGAAAUAAAUCCCAUUCAGUGGUGGGAGUUUGAUGGCGUGGUGUGUUGAGACUUGAACACAGAAUUGACAUCCGUGUGAAUCUGGUGUGUAUGCGUAGACACUGAUUUUCUUCCUAAUCUUGUGCCUCAGCUCAGCUGCCAGCCCCUUAAGGUCAAAACCUGUGAUGCGAUGUCUGCACGCCCCCUGCCCAGCGUGUGAUGCAGUGGUGACCCUGGGCAGCUGGACACACAGAGGUCAGGGAGCUGAGAGGAUGCUAGCCUGUCUAGAAAAACAAAGCAGUACUGCACGUGGCAAAUUUAAAGACAUUUUGUAAAACAAAUAUAAUGAUGUCUCUAAGGAAAGCGAGCUCACGUUAUGAAGACAGCUGAUGGUACCUAUUGAUCAGGAUCCUUGGGCCUGAAGCUGGCGUCUCGCCCCUGGGGUUCAGGGUGGGGUAGGGAUCUGCCCUUUGGUCACAGUGGCGACAGCAGCACCCGCUGAAAAUACAUGGUUGUCAGCAAAGCAGUGGGAAAGCAGAACCAACAUAAGGUGUGCUGUCGGUUUUAUUUGAAUCUAGUUGAAUUGGGUUUGAGGGGAGUUGGGGAGCAAAUACCAGGAUGUUCAAGGUAAAAAAAAAAAACAGUUAAAAAUUGGCGGACGAAUAGCCGACAUGUGUGGCUGGAAGGUGAGCUGUCCCUCAGCUACCAGAGCCCGUUCUGGAUGCUUCUGAGUGUGUGGAAUAGGCGCUUUUCAAAAAUUCACUGUUAAGUCAGUUGUUUGGAAUUCACGCUACGUUGUCCAUCUAAUAUGUCAUUAAGGAAGCUUAGGUUUCUGGGGACCCGUGCGGCCGGUGGAAGUGCUGAGCGUCGCUGUGCUGGUCAGAGAUGUUGGCACAUGAGGUGACCAGAUGGGAGUGGAAGGUGCCAUUUCCCUGAGCACGUUGGUGCUCGCAGCCUACAGCGCCAAGCAGGAGUUUCUGUUCCUGACCGCCGCGCCCGACGCGGGGAGGUCGCUGAGAGAGACGCACUUCCCUGAGGAGCUGAAGCUGACCGGGAAUAUGCUGCCGGGAGGGCGGCUCGUUCAACCCUUGGUCUAUAUGCAACGCCUGGAACUCGUCAGAAACGUGUGCAGGGAGGACACCUUGAGGAACCUCUCACACACCGCCGUCUCCAAGUUUGUCCUCGACCGGAUAUUCGUCUGUGACAAGCACGAGAUUCUCUUCUGCCAGACGCCCAAAGUGGGCAACACCCAGUGGAAGAAAGUGCUGAUCGUGCUGAACGAUGGCCUGUGGAUCACCAGAAGCUUUUCUUCACUCUCAUCCUGCCCGCAGAAACAGUUGAAAUUCAAAGACCUAAACGUGGAUACUGGGAUGGCCCAUGGGGAACGCGGGCCCGGGCUUCGAGACGGGCAUCUGUCUUUAAAGGCAGCAUCCCCAACACGCCCUCUCCCUGUUUGCCUCCCAGGAGCCUUUCCUUCCAUCGAAGAGAUCCCUGAAAGCGUGGUGCACGACCACGAGAAGAACGGCCUCCCGCGUCUCUCUUCCUUCAGCGAUGCAGAAAUUCAGAAGCGCUUGAAGACAUACUUCAAGUUUUUUAUCGUAAGAGAUCCCUUCGAGAGACUGAUUUCUGCGUUUAAGGAUAAGUUUGUUCACAACCCCCGCUUUGAGCCUUGGUACAGGCACGAGAUUGCCCCUGGCAUCAUCAGGAAGUACAGGAGGAACCGAACGGAGACCAGGGGCAUCCAGUUUGAGGACUUUGUGCGCUACCUGGGUGAUCCGAACCAUAGGUGGCUGGACCUUCAGUUUGGGGACCACAUCAUCCACUGGGUGACAUACGUGGAACUGUGCGCACCCUGCGAGAUCAAGUACAGCGUCAUCGGUCACCACGAGACCCUGGAGGACGACGCCCCAUACAUCUUGAAAGAGGCUGGCAUAGACCACCUGGUGUCUUACCCCACCAUCCCCCCGGGCAUCACCGCGUAUAACAGAACCAAAGUCGAGCACUACUUUCUGGGUAUCAGCAAACGAGACAUCCGGCGCCUCUAUGCACGUUUUGAAGGGGACUUUAAACUCUUUGGGUAUCAGAAGCCAGAUUUUUUGCUAAACUAAUGUGUAGGACUGUGAGUUCAAGUAUCUUUGUUAGACCAGAGGCUAACCGGGUGGAGAUCUGGGCACAGAAAUGACACUUUGCUCUGUCACGCUCCCCCUGAACAGUUCCCCCAGUUCCCAUGGACCUGGGUGUGCCUUGGCCAGUGAAGCUGGACCCUGACCAUUAUGACCUAGUUUGGACAGAAGGUGCACGGCGGGCCCUGCCUCCCUCCUCCACCCCAGCCCCAGUGCCAUGGGGCCUUUGCUCUCCUCAGCGGGGAAGGACACUAAACAUUUGCAGUCGAACAGACGGGAGGAAAAAUCAUACAGCCUCGAGUCACCUCCCUCGGUUGUCAGACACCUGCAGCUCCCGCAGACGGUGGGGCGGUCAUGCCUGUCCCCAGGGGAUUGUAGACAUGGCGCCCAGCGCUUUCAGGAGAGAUGGAAGAGCCAGUGGUCUGCACACAUCCCAGGGGCCGAGAUAGGGUCAAAUCUGAGUAAUUACACCUCUGGGUUUCAUCUUGGCGCCACUGUAGUCACAGAGGCAGACCCUUCUUUCCACGACUGUUCUGUUCCUGAGAAGUUCAGGGAUGACUCGAGGGCACUCUCCGGGAGUCCAUCUAUUCAGAAUACAUGCCUGUGUGCUGCUGGGCCACAUUUCCAGACCUCUGCCUGCCAAGUGAUGAUCUCAUUCAGCCCAAGAGAUCCAAUUUUGCAAAGUGAGGGGAGUGUACACAUUUCCCACCUGAGAAAGGGAACGUCUCUGGGGACCUUAAAGGGAGCCUGGGAAGAGGCAGAGCUGGCCGAGUGCUGGAGCUCGGGCUGCCCUGGGCUUAGGCACGUCCACCCUGGUGACUGUCUGCCUCUUGUCUCUGAUGGUCCCGUGUGGAUGGGCACGGGGAGGGGGGUCUCCACCUGCCUCUCCCAAGGCCAGGCCCUCCUGGGGGCCAGCGGCAAACACGGGCAACAUGCCAGUAUUGCCCAGUCAGUGCAGCUUACACAUUUCAGUCUCCUUUCGUCUCAGCAAAAUGCGCACCACUGGACCCAUUUCUGAUGAUGCCGUCAUCCUGGACUGUAAGUUGGAUAAUCAAGUUCACCAGCAAUAAACUCCUGGGCCGAGGCAGCCGUAGUAACGCACCUUCCAGGCGCUGAGGAGCAGGCCACGGCUACCAUUUCAGGUGCCGUCCGACAGCGAGGUCCCUCGAGGUACGGGAGAGUUUCCCUGCGAAAAGUCCCAAGCGUCCAGGCUGCACAGGGUCCAGGAGCCCAGCUUUUCCUCCAGGCAGCCUCCACCGUCCCUUGCUCAGUGUGGCUUCCUGAGUUUGUAAAUGUGAAAGUAACAUGAAAUUAAAACA